AUUUAAGAUGGGACUUGCUGGUAAUGUCCUUUUUUAUGGAGGAACAGUUUGCUCAGCAAGAGCAAGACUUCUUAUCAGCCUUAUGCCUGUUGUCAUCACUGGUCUAGGGGCAAAACACCUUUUCGACUGUCCAAAGCAGCCAUUGGUUCCAAUGUACCUGCUGGUGGGAGGAGUGGCCUGUCUGUGUCUACAGAUAUUCCCCUUCUUUUACUGCAGCCAGUCAGACAGCAUAGUCGUUCUUCCAUGCAGAAUUCUGAAUUUUCUCCUCCUCCUCUUCUGUCCCAUCUGGUUCAUCAUAGGAAGUGUUUUUGUUUACAUGGCAUAUCAACCAGACUACAAGUCUCGUCAUUCUGCAGAAUAUUGUGAGCGGAUCCUCUACCAGGUUGCCUUCUGGCUUACAAAUAUCAUAUAUGUUUGUGUUCUAGUGUUUUUUUUUGUUCGUUGCGGUAUUAAAUGCUGUGAAAUAAGAGCUAGAAAAAGGCAGUGCUCUGUAAACACAGUGUGUUAAAACUGCAACGUGGACUGAUGUAGCACUGUGGCACCUUUAGAUUUGUUUUAAGAGUCUGAUGAUAAUGAUGAUAUCCUCUGGAUGGAUAAAAAAAAAUCAGAGUGUGUUUCUCUUUCCUUCUUUCAAGAACUAUGAAUCUUUAAAAGUAAUAUUAUGAAUUAAAUGUACAAUAUAUUUUUAUAACUAUUUUAAUUGAGUUAUUCAAAAGUAUUACGUAAAAUGAAAAUGUAAAAUUAAUUCUUCUGAUCUCACAAUGCUCACUAAUGUUACUGUAUACUGUUACAUUGCUGUGAAAAGUUUUUUGUAAUGUUGCUUCUGCACAUCACCUCAGGUGUGACCCACCUGUCCCACAUUAUUUCUGUACAAAUUAAAGAAAUAAAAGG